CUCCAAAAGAAUUGCGAACCGGAAGUUGUGUGCCUGAUUAAGCGCAUCCACUUCUAUACCGCUUAUCCGUAUGAGACACUUCAUAAACUUUGGCCAGUUUGAGUUGUCAGUCUUAUUAAUUUGAAUUAGUUUUUAUCGAUGUGUUGGUUUGUUGUUACCACCUUAGUUCUCUGCUUUGUGGAAAGUGGUAUAUAACACUUUUGGAAUGGCCGAGGACAAGGAGAUCUUGCGGGAACUUUGGAAUGGCCAGAUUCCCGUUCAGUUUGUGUUGUCCUCGGAUGAAAUUACAGCUUUGGCUUCCGAAGCACCUCAGCCCUUUUUCGCUCUGGUUCCUCGGCAGACAUACUUUCCUCUUGCACUGGAUAAAGUGAAUCGCCACUUCCUGAAAUAUAUUUCACAGGCCGCGGGACAGGAAAUGUGGCUAGAAUGCGACGGCGCGCCACUGCGACACCACUAUCCCGUCGGUGUUCUGUUUGAUUUGUAUGGCGAUGAAACCAGACUGCCUUGGACGCUGACUGUGCAUUACUCCAAUUUCCCAGAAAGCGAACUAGUCCACUUAAACAGCCGCGAAGCAAUCGAAGCCUUCUUUAUGGCCACUCUAAAAGAGGCAGAUGUGCUGAAGCAUCGCAACGCAGUUAUCACUAACAUGCAGAAGAAGGAUCACAAAAAUUUAUGGACUGGAUUGUCUAACGAUCGUUUUGAUCUUUUUUGGAGUGUAAAUAAGAAGCUUAUGGAGACUUCCAUUGAAAUGCCGCAUUUUCGCAAUAUUCCCUUCCGACUAUAUCAGCCAGACAAAUCUUUUCUGCAAAAAUUAAUCAAACCUGUCGACGAGGAAGACCAUCGCCUUACGACGCUAGAUGAUCUCUUGCAUCAAACACUGACCAACAUCAAUGUUUCGUCAGCUGUCGUCUUGAUUCAAGGAAUUGAAGUUCCAAGGGAAACCCCGUUACAAUGGCUGAGCGAACACAUGAGUUAUCCGGACAACUUCUUGCACAUCUGUGUUCAUUCCGCUUGAUAUCUUUUUGUGUUUAACAGGCGCUUUAAAAGUUUACAAGUACUAGUACUGUUAACAUUGUUACGAAUGGCUCUUUUGAAAUGUUAUUAAUGCAUGCUGCUGCUAAUAUUUAUUAUCAGUUAUUGUGGCUUGAUAGUUGAUGUUUGUAAAAAUCCGUUUACCAAUGACUUAUCGGCGACUUGGUUUUUAUUUGUCUUUCGCAGCGAUCGCACCAAUUUCGGAAUGAUUUUCAAGUGUCACGCAGUUUUUGUUCUCCAUACCAGUGUGAAAUACAAAUGCUCUGAAUAAAACUAAACGA